UUCAACACACGAUUGACCGACUCACCAAUUUCUUGACAGGACAACGCAUAGGCUACCUAAACUUAGCUGUCACGGAUCAGAUUAACAUAUGUGGGAAAGUCUUUGGGAAAUAUCUGACUAAUUCGCAGUCUUUUACUUCCUUUUUUUUUAAACGAUCAUGCACAGUGCUUCCUUGAAGAGAAGUUGUUUUCAAGUGUGCGGUUACUUUGCGACAGUCGUAGCAGACAAGCUGCUCGCUGUAUGAGGGACUUGACAGUAGCUCCAAAACUAGAACGUAGGCUACACAUCACCUGCAAAUGGACAGCAUGAAUUCUCAAGGACACAAGAUUGGACUCCGAAACAUUGAUUUAUGCUACUUAUAGCAUAUUGUUGUUAUAAAUUAUAUUUUUAUAUUGAUAACUUUUUUGGUUUGUUGUGUGUCAUCUUUUACGCAAAAAAAUGAAGUUCAACGGGUAUUUGAAACUCAGAAUUGGAGAGGCUGUGGACCUCAAACCCACGAAGUUCUCCCUUCGCCACGCAAUAAUUUUUAACAAGCCGCCUGCCACACUGGACCCUUACAUUGUGAUAAAAGUGGACGAAUUCAAGAUUGGGCAAACCCAUACAAAGCAAAAAACCAACAUGCCAACCUACAACGAAGAGUUCUCUCUCAAUGUUAACGAUGGAAAACUAAUAGAGCUGGCUGUCUUUCACGACGCUCCUAUAGGAUACGAUGACUUUGUUGCAAACUGCACUAUCCUGUUCGAAGACCUGAUUAAAACUUCCAACACGGAGACUUUCGAGGGAUGGGUGGACCUGGAGCCAGAAGGCAAGGUGUUCAUCCACAUAUCGCUCACAGGAUCCUUCAUCGAUGACGACGCCACGGCGAAGGAGAAGCCCUACAAGCAGUUCACCAGGGAGCGCCAGGGGGCGGUGAGACGGAGGAUCCACCAGGUCAACGGACACAAGUUCAUGUCCACCUUCUUACGGCAACCCACCUUCUGCUUUCACUGCAAGGAGUUCAUAUGGGGUGUGUUUGGAAAGCAGGGCUACCAGUGUCAAGUGUGCGCCUGUGUGGUGCACAAGCGCUGUCACCAGCAUGUUGUGACAGAGUGUCCACGGAUGAAAAAGCCGGCCAAGGAACCGACCAUCAACCAAGGCUUCAGCAUCAAUGUGCCUCACAAGUUCAACAUCCACAACUACAAGUCUCCCACCUUCUGUGACCACUGUGGUUCUCUGUUGUGGGGCCUGGUCAAACAGGGACUGCACUGCAAGAUCUGUAAGAUGAACGUCCACAUCCGCUGCAAGGGCAACGUGGCGCCCAGCUGUGGGGUGAAUAGUGUGGAGCUGGCCAACAAGCUGGCGGAGAUGGGGCUGCAGGCAGGGGGGAUGUCCAAACGCAACUCCAUGGUAACUAACAGUGCGUGCGGCGACCAGGCGCGGGCCUCCUCUGUGAGGAGGGAGAGCACCCAGUCCCAGCAGCACACCAGGAGGCUGGGGAUCUCCGACUUCAUGUUCCUCCAGGUCCUGGGCAAGGGCAGCUUCGGCAAGGUGAUGCUGGCGCGGAUGUGCGGGGGGGAGCGGGUGUUUGCUGUGAAGGUGCUGAAGAAGGACAUCAUCCUGCAGGACGAUGAUGUGGAGUGUACCAUGACUGAGAAGAGGGUGCUGUCUCUGGCCAGCUGCCACCCCUACCUCACACAGCUCCACUGCUGUUUCCAGACCCCGGACCGCCUGUUUUUCGUGAUGGAGUUUGUGAACGGAGGGGACCUCAUGUUCCACAUCCAGAAGUCCAGGAAGUUCGAGGAAGGCCGAGCUCGCUUCUACACCGCCGAGAUAACCUCCGCUCUGAUGUUCCUGCACAGCAAGGGCAUCAUCUACAGAGAUCUAAAGCUGGACAAUGUGCUCCUUGAUAAAGAUGGACACUGUAAACUGGCAGAUUUUGGCAUGUGUAAGGAGGGCAUGCUUGACGGUUUGGCUACGGGUACAUUCUGUGGCACACCUGAUUACAUAGCUCCAGAGAUCCUUCAGGAGUUGCUGUACGGGCCGUCCGUUGACUGGUGGGCUCUCGGUGUGCUCCUCUACGAGAUGUUGUCAGGCCACGCCCCCUUCGAGGCAGAGAACGAGGACGACCUGUUUGAGUCCAUCCUGAAUGAAGAGAUCAUCUAUGCAUCUUGGCUGAGUGUCGACGCCGUGAACAUCCUGAAAGCUUUCCUGACCAAGAACCCUGCCCGGCGUUUGGGCUGCGUGGCCGCAGAGGGAGGAGAGAACGCUGUGACUUCCCACACUUUCUUCAGCGACAUUGACUGGGAGAAGCUGAACCGCAGAGAGCUGGAACCCCCAUUCAAACCCCGGAUCAAAACAUCUGAAGAUGUCAACAACUUUGACCCAGACUUCACCCAGGAGGAGCCCACCCUUACUCCCAUCGACGACCCCCUCAUACCCUCCAACAAUCAGGAAGAUUUCCAGGACUUUUCCUUCACCUCUCCGGAGAUGCUGGAAGACUAGGGGGUUCUCUGUGUGACGUGAACCCCACUGGCGCCCUCCAGUCCUCCCCUGCCAGAUCCGUUUUUCCUGCUAUGGCCCAUGUGACCUUUAUCUGACCUCCAGCUAACUUUCUCUGUGUCUUUACGUCUGUUUUGAGUGACUCCUGCCCAUCUCAGAGACAAAUGACUGGGGAUGGAAAUGAUAUGGAGUAAGAACAUAAAACAGCAACACCUGCCGCUCUGAUGAAGAAUGGGUAUUCCACCGUAUGAGAAUUGUUCACUGACUUCAGAACUUCAUAGUGUCUGUAAAUGGAGCGUAUCAGACAAGUACACCCAGCAUGGACAUUUAAAAUGAACAGGUUGGCAUAGCCAACAGGCAACUGAAUCCCUACACCUCCCCAGACUAGUUGGAGAGAUGACAAAGAGGAUCAUCUAAUUUAGUUAUUCCCUUCCCUGUUUCCACUUAAACAGGAUGCGUUUUCCUCAGAGGGUCAGUGUUUUUACAGACUGUUACAACUGCAUGGAGAAGCAGUCAUCGCUUUUCAUGCACCCAAUAUGAUUAAGCUUUUAGGAACUUUGGAAUGAAUAUAAGCACUUUUUGAAAAUG